AGAAACUCACACAGUCACUGACACUGAGAGGAGAAAUGGCACAGAAAGGAGUUCAGCUGGACCGAGAAACCUUCUCUUGUUCCAUCUGUUUGGAUCUACUGAAGGAUCCGGUGACUACAGCCUGUGGACACAGCUACUGCAUGAACUGUAUUAAAACCCACUUUGAUGAAGAAGACAGGAAGGGAAUCCACAGCUGCCCUCAGUGUAGCAAGACGUUCACACCGAGGCCUGUCCUGGAGAAAAACACCAUGUUAGCAGCUUUAGUGGAGCAGCUGAAGAAAACUGGACUCCAAGCUGCUCCAACUGAUCACUGCUAUGCUGGACCUGAAGAUGUGGCCUGUGAUGUCUGCACUGGGAGGAAGCGGAAAGCCAUCAAGUCCUGUUUAUCUUGUCCAGCCUCUUACUGUAGGAAACACCUCGAACCUCACUAUGAUGCAGCUCCAUUAAAGAAACACAAGCUGGUGGCCCCCUCCAAGAAGCUCCAGGAGAACAUCUGCUCUCGUCAUGAUGAGGUGAUGAAGAUUUUCUGUCGUACUGAUCAGCAGAGUAUCUGUUAUCUCUGCUUGAUGGAUGAACAUAAAGGCCAUGAAACAGUCCCAGCUGCAGCAGAAAGGACUGAGAAGCAGAAGGAGCUCGAGGUGAGACGACUAAACAUCCAGCAGAGAAUCCAGGAGCGAGAGAAAGAUGUGAAGCUGCUUCAACAGGAGGUGGAGGCCAUCAAUGGCUCUGCUGAUAAAGCAGUGGAGGACAGUGAGAAGAUGUUCACUGAGCUGAUCCGUCUCAUCCAGAAAAGAAGCUCUGAUGUGAAGCAGCAGGUCAGAUCCCAGCAGGAAACUGAAGUGAGUCGAGUCAAAGAGCUUCAGGAGAAGCUGGAGCAGGAGAUCGCUGAGCUGAAGAGGAAAGACGGCGAGCUGGAGCAGCUCUCACACACAGAGGAUCACAACCAGUUUCUACACAACUACCCCUCACUGUCAGCACUCAGUGAGUCUACACACUCAUCCAGCAUCAAUAUUCGUCCUCUGAGCUACUUUGAGGAUGUGACAGCAGCUGUGUCAGAGACCAGAGAUAAACUACAGGACAUUCUGAGAGAGGAAUGGACAAACAUCUCACUGACAGUCACUGAAGUGGAUGUUUUACUGUCACCACCAGAGCCAAAGACCAGAGCUGAAUUCUUAAAAUAUUCACGUAAAAUCACACUGGAUCCAAACACAGCAUACACAAAACUGUUAUUAUCUAAGGGGAACAGAAAAGCAACAAAAAUGAAACAAGAACAGUCUUAUUCUGAUCAUCCAGACAGAUUCGCUGAUCACUGUCAGGUACUGAGUAGAGAGAGUCUGACUGGACGUUGUUACUGGGAGCUGAAGAGGAGAGGGAGAGCAGUUGGUGUAGCAGUUGCAUACAAGAAUAUUUGCAGGGCAGACUUUUACUCUGUUUUUGGAAACAAUGACAAAUCUUGGGGAUUAUAUUGCUACACAAACAGAUUUAUAUUUUUUCACAACAUUUUCUGAACUCACCUCUCAGGUCCUCAGUCCUCCACAAUAGGAGUGUACCUGGAUCACAGAGCAGGUAUUCUGUCUUUCUACAGCGUCUCUGAAACCAUGAGUCUCCUCCACAGAGUCCAGACCACAUUCACUCAGCCGCUCUAUGCUGGACUUUGGCUUUAUGGACUUGGAGACACUGCAGAGUUGAUUAAAGUCAAAUAGAGAAGACAGGCUCAUGUUGAUCCCUGACCAUUAUAUGUACUUGUGUAGUUUCUAAAUGAGGCUUUACAUUUUAGAAGCUGAGAAGUUCAGUGGUCCAUUGAUGUGUGAAAAUAAUAUUGCACUGAUUCAAACUGUACUUACAUUUAUAUACCUUACAUCAAUAUAAAUCUGAGUUUGUUCUUAUGGCUGAUAAUCAUGUGAGUUUAAAUGAUACUACUCUUCAUAUUCAGCAUGUUUGAAAUCUUUCAUCAGUCUGGUUAGUGGUUUUAUUCUGUAGUUGCUGUAGUGGGUUGUCAAAUGCAACAAUAUAUUGGAGCUGCAGUGAUUCAUCAGUUAGUCAAUGAUUAGAGAAUUUAUUGUUUUACCAUUAUUUUAUUCAUAUUUAAAGCUGGUUCCAGUUUCUGAAAUGUGAAGAUUGUUGAUUUCCUUGAUCAUAUAUGACCGUAAACUUAAUGUCUUUGAGGUUUGAACUUUUACAAUGUAACAAAAAAUUGAA